UCCCCCUUGCAUAACAGGCAACACAAAGGACGUGCAUCGUUUACGAGAUGGAAAAGUUAGUGUUUCAAUUCGUGGCCGAAUAUUAUGACCUUUCGUUUACGUAAAUCGCCGCCCAUCAAAAAGAAAUGUGUCGGAGAUGACUGAAAUUCAUGUGACUGCGUGAGACAGCACAUCUCAGGCUUCUGUUUCUGAACGAACUCCAAAAAAGGGAAUAUUCAACCCCCCCCCCAAGAUGGACUCGGAUGUGCUCAUCAGUGAUGACAACGAGUCCUCCAACAUCAACGAUUUCCUACCAGAAGGCAUCGGUAGUGAUGCCUCAUUCUCCUCACCCUCGGCAUCAAGUAGUCUGCCUGACUGCAACUUGGAUGACAGCAACUCCACCCCAGAAGACUUGCCAGACGAUGAUGACGACCGCAUGUCAUCGGACAGUGGCAGCGAUGACAAAGAUGACGAUGGCGAUGACAAUGCCAUGGAUGACAAUGACACAAAUGACACGACCCAAGGCCCGUCCACCGAUCCCAGCAGUACUCCAGUGGACCCCAGUGCUGAGGCAGACGCCAACCUGACCCUGUCUUUCCUGAGUGUUCCGGACGACAUGAAGCCAAGCGGCUCGCAACCGAAGGGGAAACGGAAAAGUGCGCCCAGGGCCAAGAGUAAAGCCCUGGCAGGGCCGAAGAAGAAACGAAGGAAGAAAGGGCAGAAUGAAGACGAGGAAGAGAGCAAUGGCGGAGACGAGGCGGAAGGCGUGGAAGUGAAAAAGAAGAAGAAAAACAAACCGCCACAAAGGAGGAGGAACAUUAAGAAGUUUCUGACCCACGGGGAGUUGACCGCAGACACCUUGACAGCCCAGCAAGAGGAAGAAGAAAGACGCAAGCGGUUGGAGGAACAGAAAAAUGCCGCCGCUCUGAACGGAGCAUUUGCCAUUCCUCCUGAGUUGAUGGAAAUCCUAGGCCCCCAGCCACCCCUAGACAGCGGCAGCCAAGGGUUGCCGACAUCCGUCGCAGCGACAGUCGACAUCGCCACCGAUCUCACCCCGACGCCCGCCGCUGCUCCGACAGCAGCAGCCGAGCAGAGUGAGGAGGAGUGCAUCGUCCUGGGCAGCAGCAGCAGCGAAGGGGAGGAGGAAGCGUCUAGAAGGAAGAGCCGAGACGUGGCAGCGGCAGCCCAGAAGAAAGACGUGAUUGAGAUUUCCAGCGACGAGGACGGUGUGACCAUCCUGAGCGACGAGGACGAUGAUGAAGAGUUAGCUGAAGGUGGCGGGGAGGAGGAGGAAGUCAGCGGGAUGCACACCAACGAUGCCUUGAACCAGCCCGACAUCUUCGGCAGGGUCCUGGUCAACGUCACCCGGCCGCAAGAUGAAGAGGACAUCUUCCUCCCGCCGCAGAUUGCCCGGAGUGUCAAGCCCCACCAGAUUGGAGGUAUCCGUUUCCUGUACGAUAACCUGGUAGAGUCGCUGUCCAGAUUUCGAGUAACGCUCGGCUUUGGUUGCAUCCUGGCUCACAGCAUGGGCCUGGGCAAGACGCUCCAGAUGAUCUCCUUCAUCGACAUCUUCCUUAGACACACCGAGGCCAAAACGGUUCUCUGCAUUGUCCCAAUCAACACGAUUCAAAACUGGGUUGCGGAGUUCAACAUUUGGUUGCCGGAACGUCGAUCAAACGGUGUCCUGACGGAGAACGAAACCCGGAACAAAAAGAAGGGCUCCAGCCGAAAGGCAAAACCCGAUGUGACAAACAGUGAAACAAAACCGCUUGAUAACACUGAGUCAGGCGAGAGCAUGUCGCUCCCGGGGGACUCUGACAGUCGAGGGGAUACAGCAACCCCUACGAUGGAGAGGUUGCCGGGAAACGAAGAUGCAUCCAUGUCGUCCUGCGACGGUCAAGCCUCAUCGUCAACGUCAACGAAGUCGUCACCGAAGGCUGACGGGGAGGACUUUCCCGAGGAGAUCGUGUACAGGCAGUUUCCGCUCUAUGUCAUGAACGACACUUACAGGAACAUGGCUGCACGCCAUCAGGUUAUCACCACAUGGCACAAGACAGGGGGCGUCCUCCUGAUGGGCUACGAGAUGUACCGCCUCCUCAGUCUCCGUGGAGCCUCCGCCUCUUCCACCAGGACCUCGUUCUCCUUAUCCAAACACCUCGCCAACCGAAAGAAGAAGAAGAAGAAAAAGGCGUCCGACGGCGCCGACGAGCCGGAGAUUAUCGACCUGGAGGAGGAAGACAAGAAUACCAUCAUGGCCGAAGGGCUGCACAAGGCGCUGUGUAGGCCGGGCCCAGACCUGGUGGUCUGCGACGAGGGGCACCGGAUCAAGAACAUCCACGCGGGCAUCUCCCAGGCGCUCAAGAACAUCAGGACAAGACGACGAGUUGUUUUGACGGGAUACCCGCUGCAGAACAACCUGCAGGAGUACUGGUGCAUGGUGGACUUCGUCCGACCAAACUUCCUCGGUACCCGGCACGAGUUUGCCAACCUGUUCGAGAGGCCCAUCCAGAAUGGUCAAUGCAUAGACAGCACGCAAAAGGACAUGCAGUUGAUGCGUUUCCGAGCCCACGUCCUGUUCAGCCUCCUGGAAGGUUUCGUCCAGCGCCGCGGCUUCUCUGUCCUCCACAGCACCCUGCCGCCCAAGGAGGAGAGCGUGCUGCUUGUGCGGCUGACCCCCUUCCAGCGCGGACUGUACAUCAAGUUCAUGCAGUCCUUCACCGAGAUGGGCGCUGGGGGAUGGUGCUCGGCCAACCCACUCAAGGCUUUCUCGGUUGGUUGCAAGAUUUGGAAUCACCCGGAUAUCCUCUGCGAUGUUCUUCAAAAGCGAGAUGAAAUGGCCGACCUGGACACGGACUUGGAUCUCCCUGAAACAUCGGCAAGGUGUUCCAAGAAAGGCAAGAAGGACGGUGCCAAGUCCAGCAAGAAGGCCGCCGCCAAGCCUGCUUGUGAAGCUAAGAAGGAGGAGGCAGAUGUAGCGAUGGGACCGGCCAUCGAGCAGUCCUACCAGGAGAAGGUCAAUCAGAUCAUCUCGUUCGAAUGGGCACGAGACAUCAUGAAGAACUACCAGCCCAACAAGCUGUACAACGGCGGCAAGAUGAUGCUGCUCUUUGAGAUCCUGGAGGCCUCCAUCAAGGUGGGGGACCGUCUCCUGGUCUUCAGUCAGAGCCUGAGCACCCUGUCCCUGAUCGAGAAGUUCCUGGCCGAGAGGACCAUGCCGGAACCGCCGGAUCCCCCAUCGGACUUUGAUGGGAAAUGGGUCCGGAAUAAGACGUACUUCCGCCUGGAUGGCAGCACACCGGCCUCUGAUCGGGAGAAGAUGAUCAAUCAGUUCAACCAUGAGAACAACAAACACUUCUGGCUCUUCCUGCUCUCCACACGGGCCGGUUGUCUAGGAAUCAACCUGAUCGGUGCUAAUCGCGUCAUCGUCUUGGACGCCUCCUGGAACCCCUGCCACGACGCGCAGGCCGUCUGCCGUGUCUACCGCUACGGCCAGAAGAAGAAAUGCCAUGUCUACCGGAUGGUGACCGACAACACGCUGGAGAAAAAGAUCUACGACAGACAGAUCUCUAAGAAAGGAAUGUCAGACCGGGUCGUUGACGAGCUGAACCCAGAGAUGAACCUGACCAAGAAGGAAGUUGAAUCCUUGCUGGAGUUUGACGCCGACGCUGACGACACGCCUUAUGAGGACUUCAGCAAUGUGGCCGUCAAGUACACUGACGCCAUGCUGGUCAACAUCUGCAACGAGUACAGCAACUUCCUCAGUAAGGCACCCUUCAGCACCGAAUCCCUCAUCUGGGACAGGAAAGACCGGCGGCUGACCAGAGCCGAGAAACGCAUGGCCAAGAAAAGCUACGAGGAAGAGAAGAAACUCCGGGUGUCUUACGCCCGCCCCUCCUACCAGGCCUUCUACCCUAAAGACGGCAACCCUCCAAUGACCAAUGUCCAGUCAAGAGGGGGCAGUGUUAUGCAGUCGACGUACGGUAUGCCCGGCCGGGGUGCACCACAGUUCUACACCCGUCCAAUCGCGGGCAUGCACCCGGUCCAGUCCACACCCGUCCCGCGGUUCCACCCCGGAUUGGUCUCUUCCGGUCACCAGCAGAGACUGGCCGAACUCCAGCAAGCAGGAGUCUCCAUGCAGAAGAUUGUCGCAACCACCGAUAUUGUGCUACCCGGUGUCAACACCCACACUUCAGGUCCUGUCAUCAAAGCUGGCCAGACAGUCACUUUCAUCAGGACUCAGAAGGGCCUGUACCUGCGUACCACAGACGGGCGGAUCCUGGCCGUCCGAGGCCCGAGUGGGACUGAGACCAGCAAGGCCCAUCCAGGAAUGCCGCCCUUCAACCAGUUUACCACGCUGGCAUCUGCAAAGAGCCAGGCCAAGUGGGGCAUCACGACUAGUGCGGGCGGGCUUCCAAGUGUUGGUGGCAGCAGCGGGAUCAGCAAGAACAGUGUUGGUGGCAGCAGCGGGAUUGGAAGCAGUGCAGGAUCUGUUUCUGCAGAAUCGGGCAGCGGCAAUCUGUCAAACGGCAGCGAUGGUGCCAACUCAAACAAUCUGGACUUGCAGCACCUGCUGGACAAGAGCGAUAUCACUGACUUGGGUAGUUUGCCCCAGUUCACCUCAUCUGGCAGUACCAUGGGCCAAGCACAUCACUUAGGGUACCCACAGAGUCUGCAGUCCUUGAACAACCUGGGAUUGCAGGAGAUCCCACAGGGCACACAAAACGUGUCCCUUGGGGGACCCUCUCCAAAUCUCCCAGCAAGUCUUGUCAACAAUUCUGGCAUGAUUAACAUACCGACAACAGCAUCUAUUCUCUCCUCGACUGGCCGUCUCGCCUCCAUCGCUCCCACGAACAACAGACUGCCUUUACACAGGAAUCCUUUGGCGGGUGGAACUGUCCCGCUAGCUGCCAUAGGCAUGUUUGCACCCAGGCCACCCACCAACCUGUCUACCCUUCCCUCUACCGCUAUGUCUGUCGCACCGUCUUCAAGUCUCUCCUUGCCACAAAAGGCAGUCACAGACGCGAACAUUCCAUUGACGCUGAACAGCCUACUAGACGGCGAUCCGGUCAGGAUGGCCAGUGAAGAGGAAACACAGGUUAACGAUCCAGCUUCGGAGCAAAGUGCAAUUGUGACUGUGGAAUCGGACGAAUGAGACGAAUUUCAAGUAGUCGUAAAUGGGAAUCAACGUUGAGCAGAUGGAAUGGGCACUUCGGCCGAUUGCACUGUGGUUUUGUUUUAGAGACCAAACAGGGAUGAGUUGGCAAGGUGUGUAUCGACAGGACUGUGCCGUGCAGUACUCCACAUAUCCAAUUCAAACCUUCAAAUCGGCUGUGCGGUUCCAGCGUGUCAAUUUUUUGGUAUCUGCACAAACCUGUCUUCAUGUGAGCAUCGGGCGUUUUCCAUGAUUCGUUCAAGCGUCCCUUCCAGUGGUCUCCUGUAACUUUGUUACCAUUGAAGGAGUACUUAUGCACGGAGUCUAUAGUUCCAAAUUAUGAACCGACUUUUGGACAAAGUAGUACUAAUGUGCACUGCAAAUGAUUGUACUCGACUGAUUUGCUAAUGUACGACCCCGAUGUCUGACAGAUGCAUUCAUUUGUUUUAAUUGUUUUAUAUGAAAUUCCUGUAUGAGGACGUUGACUGGCCGUAUUAUGUUUUUGAUAAGGGCAAUAGUUGAACUUAUUGAAAGUCAUAAGAAACCUGUGGUGAGGUACAUGCACGGUGUACUUGUGGGAUUAACAUGAUGAAGUAAUGACAUCUUUGGACCAUUUUGGGCCCAAUUUCAUAGCACUGCUGAACAGUAAGCAGGGAGGGGGAUUCCACUCUUUUCUGUUUUUUUUUCCUGAGAUUUCUGUUGUUACGUCACUGAUUUAAGCAACUUUAUCCAUUGAAGUAAGCAUGCCUUUUGUGUGCUUACUGCUUUAUGGUCUCUCUGGAGUACACAACAGCUCUGUUAGCAAAAAAUUGUUUGCUUAAUAACGCUAUGAAAUCGGGCCAGAAAUAUUUAAGUCGGAUCAUGGCUGCACUGCAGUUUUGUUUUUAGAUCGUGUUACUCCUUUUUUGUUUUUAAAUGAAAUUGGUUAUUAAUGAGAGGGUUACAUGUAAUUAUUGUGAUGUUGGUCAUGUUUUUGAGAUCCGAGGGGUUACAUGUUCUUGUUGACUGAAGCAAAAGUCAAGGGAAACAUGGAAGACGCAGGAAUUAAGUGGGAACUUGUCCAGUACAAGUAUUUAUAGUCAAAACAAGGAAUAUUGGGGGCAAGUAUAGAUAAAUUAGCUAAAAGUGAACGAUUGAUCAAAAAUGUGUGCCCUAAAACCGACUUGUUAUUUUCUGAACACAAGUGAGAUUG